GAGCGAGCGCUCGCGUGUCACUCAAGCGCAGUCAGCUGCUGGCACGCGCCCCCGCCGGAGCGGAGUUUUUUUAGGCAGUCCGUUCAGUCCAGCUGCGCUCCCUGUCCGACCCGCGCGCCAUAAUGUUCCUCCGUUCCUCUGUCCCAGUCGGCUGAACCCGCCAUGUGCGUAGGCUGCGCGCAGCUCCGGGCUUUUUAGGGGGACUGUAGCGGUUGCGGAGCGGCGGAGCGCGUGUUCGGAGCCGGCGGAGCGGCCACCAUGCUCCGGCCGUGGGCUGCGCCCUGGAUCGCGGCCGUGCUCCUGUGUCGGGCGGUGGCGCAGUACUCCAGCGACCAGUGCAGCUGGAGAGGAAGUGGUUUGAGCCACGAGUCUCAUCGCAGAGACGUGGAGCAGGUCUACCUCCGCUGCUCCCAGGGCUCUCUGGAGUGGCUCUACCCGACGGGAGCCAUCAUCGUCAACCUCCGGCCCAACACGGCGCCUUUGCCAGGACACACGGCUGGUCUCCAUGUGUGCAUCAAGCCCCACGCUAGCUCAAAGGGGUCUCAUGUGUAUCUGGAGCGCUCCGGGGAUCUGAAGCUGCUGCUGGCAGAGAGGGACCAGGGUCGGGACGCGGUGCAUUGCUUCAGCCUGGCAGAGGGGGCUCUGUUCGUGGAAGCCGUCCCUCAGACGGACAUCGGCCGGAGGAUCACGGCGUUUCAGUACGAGCUGGUGUCCAGCCAGGACCCAGGGACGCACAUGUACCCGUACCUGCAGCCGGCUUCACUGACCUGUAGACCCUGCUCAGGCGCAGAGCUUCUCAUGGCUGUGUGCACCAGUGACUUUGCAGGCAGUGGCGUCCUUCGCCGCGUGGCCCGCGCCGCUAGCGACCGCGCCUCCUAUUGGGUGCGUCUGAGCCGCCUGUUCCGUCAGAAGGAGGGGGUGUUUUCCUGGGGUGGAGCCAGGCGGCGGCAGUGGAGCGGACGCGUCCACGCUGCUGCGCAGUGCGGCGCGCAGCUCGGAGGAGAGGAGCUCCUCCUCACCGGCUCGGUCCAUUUUGGUGAAGCUUGGCUCGGCUGCGUGGCUCGCUACAAGAGCUUCCUGCAGGUGAACGCCAGAGCCCAGAGAGCGGGAGCCAACCCCUGUCACAUAGACCCGGAGUGACGUAGACUGUGCGUCACUAAACUGGUGAGGAGCCGCUGUCUGUGAGACAAGCAGGGCUGCAGGCUUCGUCUGCUCAGUGCUGUGCAACUUACUCUACAGCACAAGGACAACGUGGCCACUUAGAAGCCAUGAAAUCUCUGGACUUGUAUAAUGUGAGCGAACGGAGGAGCUCGAAUUAAAAGUGCCCUUAACAGGUUUUACUGUCUUGCUGACGAUAAUGAUCAUGUGAUCGUUUCCCAAAUGACUGUUUGCUUUGUGAAAAGCUUUUUCCUGUAAAAUUCUGUAAAAUCUUCUGACAGAAGUCUACAGUGUGCAGCUCUGUGAGUCUUUAUGUACUGAGAAUGUAAGUUUGCUAAUGAGUUCAAGGGUUUUUAUCUCCAAAUAAAAAGUAGCGUUGCA